AAUUAUGUUUAUCAUCAUUGUAAAAAAAUUUAUUUGUUGGUUACCUUAAUUGAUGUUUUUAUUAUCACAAAUAUCGGUGUGUUUGUUUAUAAUAAUUAUUGAUUAGUAAUGAAGUUGAUCGUAGUAUUAAUAGACGAACGCAACUGCCAGUUGGAAAUAAUUAGUGGCGACCACAAAACACUAGCGGGAGUUGUUGUUGUUGUUUAACCUAGAAAAUUUUAGAAUGGGUAACGAGUUUAGAGAUUUGGCUGACGAUUUAGAAAAUUGGAUGUCGCGGUUACCACAAAAUGUGCGACAAAUACCAAUUACUAAUAUUUCUAUCCCAGGUUCUCAUGACAGCUUUACAGCCAACAUUACGAAAGACUCUGAUAUAUCCCCUGAUGCCGAAGAUAUAGUUAAAGAACUCUCAAUUUUGGGCCCCUUAUUUAAAGAGGUCAUAGCAAGGUGGUCACGAACUCAAAGCUUUUUAGCCAAUGAUCAACUUAUUAGAGGUAUUAGAUAUUUUGAUAUUAGAACUUCUACAAAAGAAGGAACUGACGAAUUUUAUAUAGUACAUAGUUUGUAUUCUGUACCGCUACAGGGUUGUUUAAACGAAAUAAAUGCUUUCUUAUCUACUCAUCCGCAGGAAGUAGUAAUAUUGGAUUUUCAACAUUUCUUCGGUUUUGAUGAUAGUAUUCAUAAAAGACUGACACAAGAUAUUAUUAAUACGUUUGGAGGUAAAUUAAUACCAUAUACAAAUGAAAUUAAUACAAUUACAUUAAAAUCGAUGGCUAGCAAUAAAUACCAGAUAUUUGUUAUAUACCGUGUAAAGGGCACAACUUUUUGGCCUGCCGAAACGUUUCCAAAUCCGUGGCCCAAUGUGGACUCAAAAGAAGCCCUGAUUAAUUCUUUGGAUAACAACCUUGCAAAAAGAAAUCCUAAUAUCCCGUUUAUUUCCCAAUGUGUUCUUACACCAGACGCUGGAUUUAUUAUUGCCAACUUUUUAAGUUCAUUGGAAGAAAAAUGUGCAAAAGAAUUAGAGUUAGAUAGAUUAAAAUGGAUAGAGGCUCAGAAGGCUGGGAGAGGGGGACUGAAUAUUAUUAUAGCUGACUUUAUAGAAUUAUCGGAUUGUAAAUAUGUUAAAGAUGUUAUUAAUGCUAAUCAAUCGCUACUGAAUACCAAUUAAGUAUAAAUCUGUUUAACAAACUGUGCCAAAAGUGUUAAAAACAAUGUAAAGUAUUAGAAGACCAAAUUUUAUUAUUAUACACAUACAAAAAAAAACAUAUACUGUAAUGUUAAAUAAAUAUAUUUAAUAUUA